UGGGAGUUGCCCCAGCUGUGGUUGCUGCUGCCCUGGGAAAAUGCCUUGAGAGGGAAGUGACACCAUUCAGUGAUGGGCUGCGGGACAAGCAAAGUGCUUCCCGAGCCCCCCAAAGACGUGCAGCUAGACCUGGUUAAAAAAGUCGAACCUUACACGGGCCACAGCGACGUCUACAAGCAUUUCAUCAGAGAUGACCGUGGCACCGUCACCAAAACGGGCUCCCCCUCACCCCCCCGCCACGCUCCCCCCUCUCCUGGCAACCACCUGCCCCAGCCCGAGCCCCGCCGGAACAAAGUGGCCAAAUACCGCGCCAAGUUCGACCCCAGGGUGACGGCCAAGUACGACGUCAAGGCCCUGAUCGGGAGGGGGAGCUUCAGCCGCGUGGUGCGGGUGGAGCACAAGGCCACCAAGCAGCCCUACGCCAUCAAGAUGAUCGAGACCAAGUGCCGGGAGGGGCGGGAGGUGUGCGAGUCGGAGCUCAGCGUGCUGCGCCGCGUGCGCCACACCAACAUCAUCCAGCUCAUCGAGGUCUUCGAGACCCAGGACCGCGUCUACAUGGUGAUGGAGCUGGCCACGGGCGGGGAGCUCUUCGACCGGAUCAUCGCCAAGGGCUCCUUCACCGAGAGGGACGCCACCCGCGUGCUGCAGAUGGUGCUGGACGGGGUGAGGUACCUGCACACCCUGGGCAUCACCCACCGGGACUUGAAACCGGAGAAUCUGCUCUACUACCACCCGGGGACGGACUCCAAAAUCAUGAUCACGGACUUCGGGCUGGCGAGCGCUCGCAAGAAGGGGGACGACUGCCUGAUGAAGACCACGUGCGGCACCCCGGAGUACAUCGCUCCCGAGAUCCUGGUCCGGAAGCCGUACACCAACUCGGUGGACAUGUGGGCGCUGGGCGUCAUCUCCUACAUCCUCCUGAGCGGCACCAUGCCCUUCGAGGACGACAACCGCACCCGCCUCUAUCGGCAGAUCCUGAAGGGGAAGUACAGCUACUCGGGCGAGCCCUGGCCCAGCGUGUCCAACCUGGCCAAGGACUUCAUCGACCGUCUGCUCACUGUGGACCCCGGCGACAGGAUGACAGCCCUCCAGGCCCUAAAGCACCCGUGGGUGGUCAGCAUGGCAGCCUCUUCCUCCAUGAAGAACCUCCACCGCUCCAUCUCACAGAACCUCCUCAAGAGGGCCUCUUCCCGCUGCCAGAGCACCAAGUCGGCGCAGUCCACGCGCUCCAGCCGCUCCACCAGGUCCAGGUCCAACAAGGCGCGGCGGGUCCGGGAGCGGGAGCUGCGGGAGCUGAACCUGCGCUACCAGCAGCAGUACACCGGCUGA